AUGGUGAACUUGGUCGAGGCACAAAAGCCAUUGUUGUACGGUCUCAUGAAAAUGGCCGGUGUCGUUCCCUACACAUUAGAGAUCGAACCAGGGACAAAGAUGAACUUUUGGGUUCCCAAAGAAACCCUCAAGAAGAAAUCCCGUACCGAAAAACCAACAAAACCCGAUAAACCAACCAAACCGGCCGUCUUGUUAAUCCACGGCUUCGCCGCCGAAGGAAUCGUGACGUGGCAGUUCCAAGUCGGUGCAUUAUCCAAGAAAUACUCGGUUUACAUACCGGACCUCCUCUUUUUCGGUGGGUCUUACUCGGACAACUUGGACCGAUCUCCGGCGUUUCAAGCCAACUGUUUGGUCAAGGGGCUUCGUAUCCUUGGCGUGGAUAAGUUUGUUCCCAUAGGAUUUAGCUACGGUGGCAUGGUGGCUUUCAAGAUCGCCGAGGCUUACCCGGACAUGGUUAGAGCUAUGGUUGUGUCCGGCUCGAUACACGCGAUGACCGACACGAUUAGUGAGGAGAGCUUGAACCGGUUAGGGUUUAGUUCUUCGAAGGAUCUCUUGUUACCGACUUCGGUUAAGGGACUUAAGGCCCUCUUCACCAUUGCUGUGCAUAAACCCUUGUGGUUUCCUAAACGAUUGUUCAAGGACUUCAUUAAGGUAUCUAAUUAG